UCCUACAGCAGCUCUGAGGACAAAAUUCCCAGCCUGCAAUACUUGGGUGCGGGGGUGCGAGCCUCCUUAAAGGAUGAGUGCAGCGUUCGUAGCACCGGCGGGGGAGAGGAACAAGGAGCCUAUCCUGAGGGUCCUCCGGGACUACGUGAGCCCCAGCCAGCCGCAAGUCCAAGUGCUGGAAGUGGCUUCAGGCUCCGGGCAGCACGCGGCCCACUUUGCCCAAAUGAUGCCCAACGUGCUCUGGCAGCCCUCGGAUGUGGAUCCGAAAUGCAUCGAGAGCAUUUCUGAAUUUAUCAGGGCGUUCCGCCUCCCGAAUGUCAAACCACCCAUUUACUUGGAUGCAUCGCGCAGCUGGGAGACGUGGGGCGGCUUGCGCCCGGACUCUCUGGACCUCAUUGUCAACAUCAACAUGAUUCAUAUCUCGGACAUGAGCUGCACGGAGGGUUUGUUCAGAGGAGCAGGAAAGCUGUUAAAGCCUAAAGCGGUGAUGGUCACAUACGGGCCUUAUGCUGUGAAUGGCUGCAUCUACCCACAGAGCAACGUGGACUUUGAUUGCUACUUGAGGCAGAGAAACCCAGCCUGGGGCCUCCGGGACACGGCUUUGCUGCAGCAGCUUGCUGAGAUCAAUAGGAUGUGGCUGGAGAGGAUGGUUGACAUGCCUGCAAACAACAAGUGUCUUGUUUUCCGCAAACACUAAGCCAGCCCAUCCACUUUCUCUGCCAAGGAGAAGGGACCACCAAGGACGGUCAAAGUGUCGCCUGCCAUCGCCAAAUUUGCUCUGUGUCUGUCGUGCUCAAGCCCACCAGGUUUCUAGUAGAUUCUUCGGCUCCUGGGUGAAAAUAGCUCUUGGUGAGAUGGGAAUGAUUUCCUGUAUGAAGAUCUGCAUCAGGAGAGAAAAGCCUUUACAGAGAAUGGAGCUUUGCCCAAAGGUUUCUGGCCAGUGUUGAGCUAGCACAGGGAUGGAGGAGCUGCAGUCCUCCCAAGUGUGCUUGGACUCCCAAUUUCCAUCGGCCCCCAGGCAGCAUGGCCAGGGGAGGAGGCAGAGAUGGAGGGAACUGUGGGCCCAAGCACAUCUGGAGGGCCUGCAGGUCCCCAGCUAGCCCGUUCAUGCUUCAAUUUUGGUAUUCACUGCUGGUUUCGACGGCAUCCAUGUACCCAUCUCAGACCACCUUUGUCUCUUGUGCAUGAUUAUUAUCUUUAGCCUGCUUCAGUGAAGGCUUUGUUUUCAGGGCUUAUUUGAUGGAGACCUCUAUGUCUUUUGACCCUGUACUGUGACUUUUGGGUUAGGGGGGAUUUCGGAGUAGAAAAUAUUAGGGAAUAUGGGAGGAAAGGAAAGCUCAGAAUGACACUUCCCCAAGUAACUGAAGGCUAUUGUGCAGAGCUAGAUGGAUUUGAUGACUAGUACUCUUUACAGUGGAAGAGGCUGGGACUAUUUAUCUUUCCUCCUCCUUCCCACCCCGCCCUCCAAAUUCUGCUGUGUUCCUUUUCUUCCCAUGCUCCUUAGAGCAAAAGUCAAUACCACAAUGUGCCAACAACCCACCCAGUAAAGGAGAAUGGGAACUCUUUGGCCCUUCAGUGGUUGUUGGACUCCAACUCCCAUCAGCCCUAGCCUCCAUGGCCAAUGGUCAGGGGUGAUGGGAGCUGUAGUCCAACAUCAUCUGGAGGGCCACAGGUUAGCCAUCUCCCUGGGCGAAAGAGGUGCAAACCCUCAAUCUCAUCAGCAUCAUUAUUCUGUUUAUGAAGGGGUGGCUGUGGGGGAGACUGUUGUUUUUUAUGGCGAUAUGGAGGCCUGCAGAUUCCUCCCCUGCACUCAUGGUUAGGAUUUUACGCCAUAUGAAUUCUGACAAUACAACACCAGACACAUCCAGAUAAACUGCAUGCUAUGAGAUUGCUGGGGCUGAACCAUUUGGGACUGCAGGUGUGGGUUGCACAAUUGAAUUUCCCCCCACAUCAAAAUUUCCCUGCCCAGGGAAAACUAGGAUGUGAAGGAAAAUGGCACUAUGCUAGCCUUUCCCCCAAAUGUUUUGUUUUCUGAAUUCAAGAGAGUUUUAACAAAGUUGUUAAAAUACUGGGUAUUCAAUAAUGUAAUUCCACACCUGUAUUCUGAAACGCUACCACCCCAAUAACAUCAUACCCACCUGCAUCUGUAGGUUAGCUUACAGUCUAGCAGCUUUAACAUGUCUUCAGCUGAGUAAUUUUUUCCUUCUUUGCCUGUUCCAAGUGUUCCUCAAAAGAGGUAGCGAAUCACUCCAGCACAUCUUUUUAAAAAAAAUCUGUAUGAAGUAAUAGUUCCCUCUAGUGGUGAUCUGUAGAGCAGCAACAAUGUAUAGCUAAGGGUUGAGCUCUUGGGAACAGCAAGGAAGAACUUUGCCGGGGAGAUCUGUGUGGAUGUAGUGCUGUGUGGACUGUGCUGCAUUUGGGUGAAAAUAAAUAUAUUGCUUGGGUA